AUGAUUGAUACUGGUUCAGCAUAUUCCAUUAUUCACAUUAAUACAUUACGAAAAUUAAUACGUCAACCACACAUUAUAUAUCAAAAGAAAAUACAUCGAACAGCAAAUAAUACUGAAUUACGUACAAUCGGUUUAGUGAAAUUAAAAAUCAAUAUUAGAAAUAUUCCAACAUUUAUUUUAGCUGAAGUUGCAAUAGAUUUAUGUACGAGCCUUGUACUAGGAAAUGACUGGAUCAGGCAAAAUCGUAUUGAUAUUAUUAAUACCAAACAAUGUAUUAGUAAACGUCAAGGAUCAUAUGUUGUUACUGUUCCUUUUUUAAUUUACGAAGACGAAGCUUACCAGGUGUUACCAGUUCAUCGUAUUCAUCUUUUACCAGAACAAAAUAUAAUUAUACCUGUACGCGUUAAAAUAAAAAAUGCUGAUACAGUUAUAUUUACACCGUCAAAUGAUCUUAUUGGAAAAAAAAGAUUAUUAAUACCACAUGCACUAUUGAAAGUUGAAGAUGGUGUAUCAUGGAUUACAAUGAUUAAUGCUAAUGAAUCGUCUCAAUAUAUUAAUACAAAUGUUAUUCUUGGUACAAUUUCUUUUCCGCCAUUAGCAUCUAUAUCAUUACCAUUAUUACCAUCACAAAAAAUAGAAAGAUAUACAACACCUGACAUUAAAUGCCGUGCAUGUCAUGAACGAUACGUCUCAAAGAAACAAUUAUUUGAACAUCUUCGCCAAAGUGGUCAUUAUUCUACAAGUAAUAUUAAUGGAACAAAUCAACAAGUACCACCAGAAGUAUUUGACAAAAUAAAACAUUUAGUUGAACAUAUUGAAAAUACACGGGUAAGACAACAAUUUGAAUUAUUACUUAUUAAAUAUGCUCAAGUCUUUGAUACAUCUAAGUCAACGACAAUUAGAUCAAUUGUUAAACAUACAAUUAAUAUAACAAGUACUCGACCUAUUGUACAACGUCCAUAUCGGAAAACAACAGCACAAGAAAAAAUUAUUGCUGAUAUGUGCGAACAAUUUUACCAUGAUAAGAUAAUUAGACCAUCACAAUCUCCGUGGUCAUCGCCGGUGGUUUUACAGAAAAAAAAAGAUGGUACAUGGAGAUUCUGUAUUGAUUAUAGAAGACUUAAUGAAAUUACGGAAAAAGAUAAUUAUCCAUUACCACGAAUACAAGAAAUAUUUGAUACACUUGGUGGCGCUAAAUAUUUUACCAAGCUGGAUUUCCAAGGAGGUUAUUACCAGGUGCCAAUCGAUGAAGAAGACAAACCAAAAACUGCAUUUACCACCAGGGACAAACUAUGGGAAUUUAAUGUUAUGCCACAAGGAAUAAAAAACGGGCCUCCAACGUUCCAACGAAUAGUUAAUAAAUUACUAGGACAACUCCAAUGGAAUUGUGCAUUAUCGUAUAUUGACGAUAUUAUCAUUUAUUCGAAAUCAAUUAAUGAACAUUUACACCAUUUGGAACAAGUUUUAUCGUUAUUAAAUCAUGCAAAUUUUCGACUGAACGUUACAAAAUGUGAAUUUAUGCAAGAAAAAAUUAAAUUUUUAGGUCAUAUGAUUAAUGAAAAUGGCAUAUCACCUUGUCCUGAUAAAGUACGUGCUAUAAAUGAUAUUCCAGUGCCAAGUAAUAUUAAAGCAGCAAUAUCUUUUGUUAAAAUGGCCGAAUAUUACAGGAAUCACAUACCGAAUUUCUCCACAUUAGCUCAACCCUUAUUUGAUCUAACAAAGAAGAAUGCAAAGUUUAUAUGGGGUGAAGAAGAACAAAAUUCGUUUAAUAAAAUUAAACAAAUUUUAUCAUCGAAAUUAUUACUCCAAUAUCCUGAUUCAAGUAUACCAUUUAUUGUACAAGUGGAUGCAUCUAAUUAUGGCAUUGGAGCAGUGCUGAUGCAAAAUGAUGGUAAAGGUGAACAACCAGUUGCCUACAUGUCACAGAAGCUAAACAAACAACAACAGAACUGGAACGCAACAGAAAAAGAAUGUUUUGCUGUUGUAUCAUCAAUACGGAAAUGGCAUCAUUAUGUAGCUGGUCGAAAUUUUAUAGUCCGAACAGACCAUCAUGCAUUAUGUUGGUUAAAUCGGAAAUACAACAGUAAUCCGAAGCUGAAUCGGUGGAGAAUGGCACUUCAAGAUUAUACGUUUAAAAUUGAACAUGUUAAAGGUAACAAAAAUUGCGUGGCUGAUUGUCUUUCUCGUUAUCCUGUUGGUGAACCAUUUGACGAUGAAAUUGAACAACGUUCAAUAGCAAUUCAAACAGAAAUACAACCUUCAAUAGUUAAUACAAUAACAACACGUGCGAUGAAACAACAACAACAACAACAACUUUUAGAACCAAAUGUACCUGCAUCAACAACACAUCAACCAGUUAGAACAUUUGAUCCAUUAAAUGUAGUUAAUCAUAUUACUGUCUUUACGAAUGAACAGCUAAAACAUCAUCAACAAGAAGAUAAUUCUAUUAAGAAAAUAAUAGAAAAUAUUGAGAAAACGCCAUUAAAAAUUGAAUAUUGUUUAAAUAAUGGUAUAUUAUGUCGCAAUGUUAAAAGAAUCAAUAGAAUUAUAGCAGUACCAGUUAUACCAAAAACCAAAAUUAAAGAUGUAUUAUUAGCUUACCAUAACUCACCAAUGAAUGGUGCACAUUUAGGAAUAGAUAGGACGUAUUAUAAAAUACGCGAUCGUUUUUACUGGCCAAGAAUGUAUUAUGAUAUUGCCCAACAUAUUAAAUCAUGUCCAAAUUGUAAUAUUAAUAAAUACUCCAGAAAAAAACCCAACGGUUAUUUAAAUCCAGUUGAUCCUCCUGUAGGAGUAUGGGAGAAUUUAUCAAUGGACUUCGUUGGCCCAAUAACACCUCCAUCUGCAUCAGGUAAUAAAUAUAUAUUAGUUAUAACUGAUUUAUUAUCUAAAUAUGUUAUUGCCAAAGCUACACGUGAUAAUUCUGCUUUAACUGCAGCAACAGUAUUAGUGGAAGAUGUGAUUCUCAAACAUGGUGCUCCGAAUCAAAUAUUAACAGAUAAUGGUACACACUUCACAGCCGAAUUGUUUAAUGCGAUUAUGUCUUUAUGUGGUGUUUGCCACAUAUUUACAACACCAUACAAUCCUAAAUCAAAUGGUGUUUGUGAACGCUUUAAUGCAUCAAUGUGUGAUGUUUUAUCAGCAACAUGUAAUACAAAGAGAAAUGACUGGGACGAACAAUUAUCAAAAAUUACAUUUGCAUAUAAUAGUAGUCGUCAUGUUACCACAAAACUUACACCUUUUGAACUAAUAUAUGGAAGAUUAUGUAAGUUACCUUUUGAUUUACCACAACGAACAACAACAGUUACUGAACCUCAUUUAUAUGUAAAACAAUUGAAUGAAUAUCUACAAAUGGCAAAACAGAUAGCCCGUUCAAAUAUUAAGAUUAGUCAGGAAAAAUCAAAACAACGUUAUGAUGCAAAUCGUAUGAAUGAAACUUAUAUAAUUGGCGAUUUUGUUUACGUGAAACGACUUGGAUUAAAUUAUAAAUUGGCAUCGAAAUAUAAUGGACCAUAUCAAAUAAUUCAACAAUUGAAUGAAUCAAUAUAUCGACUUCAAAAUCCCAAUGAAUUAAAUGAAAUUUUCAAUGUGCACACUAGUCGUUUACGUCGAUGUUAUUAA